AUGGCGGCCUCCGUGUUGUGCAGGAGGACAGCGGUUUUAUGCCGGACUCUCCGGGGGAUUUCACCGGGACCUGCGGGCUGUCAGGCCGGGAAUGUGGUCCAGACAGCGGCCUACAACCCGGCCCGGCUCCGGCUGAACCUCCGGGACCCCCACAUCCCGGACAAGCUCAGCGAGAAGACCCCCGAGUGGCAGAAGACCGCCCGGUACGACGCGAAGCUGUUCGGCCGCUACGGGUCCGCGUCGGGCAUCGACCCCGCGUCGCUCUGGCCAAGCCGCGAGCAGCUGGACCGGAUCAUCGAGGAGGAGAAGCAGUGGCAGCCUCCGCUGGAGGAGGUGCUGAGAAGCCUGGAGCUGCAGGAGCAAGAGGAGGCCGGGAAGCGACUGGCCAAAGAACGAGUCAUCGCAGCGAACAUGGCCAGGAUGCCCAAGAUGAUCACAGACUGGCGUCGUGAAAAGCGUGAAACCAAACAGAAGCUGAAGGAGGAUAAGGAUCGGCGUGGGAAGUUGCUGAACCAGGCGAGGGAGCGCUUCGGCUACGCGCUGGACCCCCGCAGCCCCAAGUUCGUGGAAAUGGUCGCAGAGAUCGAAGCGGAAGAGAAGAAGAAAAAGAAACUGAUGAAACGACGACUGAAAGAAGAGCAGGCGGCCGCUCCAGUGACAUCAGCCGCUGCCUCCUCGUAGUCUCAGAAUCAACUGAGCGAGUUUAACAAGAGGAGAAGAACAACACGGCCGAGUGGGAUGGUCGUUAAAGUGUCUGAAGAACAGUUUGAUCCUCGUUCGGCUUCAUCACAGAUGAUAUAAGAACCUCCUCCAUAGUAUAAAUAUAUAUAUUUGGAUUUGUUUGCCCUGUUUCGUUUCUGGACCGAUGUAUUUAACUGUCACUGAAAUAAAUUAAUCUCUGUGAAGAUUGAA